GAGAGAGAUUAUGGAAUGCUGUGAUGUCAUCAGCCCAGUCAUACACACACAAAGACGAGGAGGACCCACAGGCGCUCUGACUCUCUCAGCUUAGUUAGCAUACACUGCUGUGGAGCGGCUGUCUACAUCCCACUAAUGUCCCAAUGAUGACCUCCAAAGACAAAGCAAACUGACAUCUUUGUAGGGUGGGGAAACUCAACAGCAUACCACAGGGAGGAAACAGGAUUUUGUGUGCGUGAAUGCGUGUGUGUGGUUGUACAUUAUGUACAAAAGUGUGUGUGAGGUUGAACAUGCACCUUGAUUCAUGAGGAAGAGUUUCUGAGUAAAUAAGAGUGGAUUUAGGAUAAAGAAGCAGUGGAAGUCUUCUUCAACGACAUGAGACUAUAAACCAACACUGUCCAUCUCAAGAAGCUGCUGGCCAAAGGACAGCGCCUCCUUCCUACACCUGCUUGGCCACGCAGUACCAAGUUAGCCGCACCAUUCAGCCGCCAACAUGCUGCAGCAGAUUUUAAAGGACAUGUACAUUGACCCCGAUGUGCUGAAUGCACUUAAUGAGGACCAGAAAAAGACUCUGUUCCUGAAAAUGCGCCAGGAGCAGGUGCGGCGCUGGGAAGAGCGGGAGGAGAAACUAGAGAGAGAAGGGGAAGAAGCUGACUGCAAACGAACAAAGCCAAAAAAAGCAAACAGUAAGAAUGUAAGCUGGCUCCUCGGCCGGGAUGGAGAUGUGGCAGUCAUUGUGAUUGGAGAGGUGGAUGAACUGAGCUCCAAAUUUAUCUGCUCAGGAUUUGGAGAGAAGAAGGCGCAGAGUCUUCAGAACAACGCUUACCAUCAAACUAUCUUGAAGACCAGAAAAACCACAGCAGAACCUGCCAGAAUGGAGAGAGAGAACUUCCCUCCUAAAACGCAACCUGGAAUUUCACUGAAUUUAAAGGGGAAAUGUGAGGAGAAGAGCACUUUACUCCCUCUGCCGGUGUCAGUGAGCGAGCAUUCAUCACCUCCGGCAGCAGAAAAGCUCGAGUCGAAAUCAGCCAGUGCGACUGGGGAGAAGUCGGUUCCCCAGCCCUCCAUCUGCUCCAGGCCUCCCACGAGAGCUAGCCCUGUCAAUGUGAGACCAGCUUCUGCAAAUGCAGCACCAGGCUCUGUCAACACGAGACCUGGCCUCGCAAAUCUGAGGCUGGCCACCGCCGCAGCAUCAGCUCCCCCCAGCAGCACUGUCAAAAUAGACUCUGGAGCAACGUCAGCUACCAAAGUUGGCCUGCGCGCACAGGAACCUCAGAAUCCCCAGGAAUCACAGGGUGGGAAAGAUAUUGGUGCGUCAGAAGCGUCUCGGAGGGCUGCCUCGGGGGAGGCAGGGUCAUCAGGGAAUGCCCCAACCUGUGCAGGGCGUGGCCGGGUGGCUCAGCUGAUGAAAACCUUUAGCGCUGAAAGCACUACGACCCCCACGCAGACCCCACCCCGCGGCAUCAAGCCACCCCUCCCUACCAAGCCUAACCACUUGCGUCUUACGACCACACCCACUGUCAGGUAAUCCUCGAGCACUGAUGCACAGAUGCCCACCCAGCUUCACGCAUCCCUGUUAUUCAAAUAAAGCCACACUGGACAAUGUCGGACGUCUAACUUGGAGUCUCAGCCAGUGUUAAUGGGAUGGAGAACUCAAAAGAUGGCUCUUUGAAGCCAUGAAGAAAUGAUAAAGUUCACAAUGUUGCUAUCACUCCCAAAGCAAAGCAAAGCACAGCAAUGGAAAUGCUUGAAUGUAAUGGUUUUCUUUUAUUUUUGGAUGCUGCAGUACUGUAAACACUCUUUGUGGGAAUUAAUUCCAAAGCAAUUGAUUGCAAUGUAUUUGUAUUUACCAGGGAAUUGAUGACUAUCACAUGUAUAAACUUGUUGUUGACGCGUUCCACUUUGUGUAACAUGUGGACAAUUGGAGUCCAAUUCACAAACCAUGUACAACACAAUAUUGUUUACUUACCAUUGACAGUACUUUCAAUGCUUAUGAGACAGUUUGAGUUUGAUGACAUGCACACACACAUGUGGUUCAGGAGAGAAUGGGCAUGGGAUGGCAUAAUGGGGUGAAAUCUUGCUGUCCCCUUUCCCUGGGAAUAGUGUAGGGUUGUUUAUUUGUCACAAUGCAAUGUAUGUCUCCCUCUGCCACCUGGCAGGAGCCUCAGUGCGACCUGUUGUGGACCAAUGACAGUGCCAAAUGCCUCGUCUGUCGCUCCCAGUGGAUCAAGUUAGACAGUUGCUGCCAAAUAAUCCAGCUCUGUGUUACUCUUCUCCAGUUUUAUCAGUACUAUUUUAAAGAUGUGUGGCUGUACUUUUUACAUUUUCUAUAGGGAGAAAGAGGUUUUGUAAUGGGAUAUUUAACAUUACUACAAUGCUCACUUGUAAAAUGAGAGACAUUUUUAUCUUUAAUGUCAAGCUUGUAUGGUGCAAUCGAAGAAACAAUACAAUUGUGUAACUUGUGCAACUUGUAUCUUAAAAGCCUUCUAUUUCUA